GUGCAAAGUACCAGCAGUUCAUUUGAACAGUGCUGCAUGGUAUUUUGUGGUGUAGCGCGCCCUCUACUGGACACAACUGAGAGUUACACUGACACGCACUUGCUAUACGACCGCCGCCUGCGUUGCUAAGAAGAUUAAAUCUCAACCGUGAUUGGUUGUUCUUAGAUCUCUAAGCCAAUAGGAUUCGCGGUUGGAUGGACGUGGACAAAGCUGUAAAGCGUCUAGAUACAUGAACUUAGAUAGACGUUAACAAAUUGAUAAGCCAAACUGAAAUAAUUAUUUAUAUUGCACACAAACGGGAGCGGUUUUGUUUCAGUUAUUAUAUACGUGUAUUUCCAUAUGUGAUUAUUUGUAAAGAAAUCUCGCCUUUUUUUAACGGCGUAAAUCUGAAUGCGGCGAGGACAAAGUUGGAUCAUGUCAAAAUUCAACUUCUCAUUCAGAAGAAGCGAGCGAAGGGCAUUCAAGAACAUAGCUCAUGGCUUGAUCCCUGCUGCCACCAUUGCUCCCAAGCCUGCUGUUCCCCGCACUCCUCCCCCUCGUAGCCCCAAUAUCUCACCAGAGAGACCCAGGUCUGCUCUUGCGGCUGCCAUAUUGACGUCCUCCUUAACAGGACGCACCUUUGCCAUCCCUCCACCUCGCACCAGGUCCUAUUCUGAGAGCGACUGCUCACACACAGACAGCCACACUGGCUUUGAGCCUUAUGCCAGCACAGCACUUUACACCAGGGAUCGAUGGCCAGAUUCGAUGGCAGGCCGACCUCGUCUGCCUUCUCCACGACCCGGUGAUGAUGAUGACGAUGAUGAUGACGAAGAUGAGGAGGAAGAGAUAGAAGCAGCCGUGCAGAGAGAGGAAAGUCCUGUGUACCAGUCUGUAAAGAGACAGGGCAGAGCUCCAGUGCCACUGAAGAAGGACUCCUUUCCGUUAAAACUGGAUGAAGACACUGACAACUCUACGUUUGAGGUCGUCUCUCCUUUAAACACUGAAGAUGAAACCGAGGUGGAUGAACAGACGAGUGUAAAGAAGCCCCCAUUGGCACUACAGACAAGGUCUCCAUCUCACAGAAGCAUGGCAUCUCCAGAUGUGAAUGAAGACCUGUGCACUCAGUCUCAGCCCAGCAGCACUCCGAAGAUAAAGGCCUCGAGGAAGAAUAAGAGUCCAGCAAGAGAGAGUGAGAGAGAAAAAUUAGAGGUGAAUGAGGCAUAUCACCGUGCUGUGGAGUUUCAGCAGGACCUGGUGAAGGAGCUGAGAGAGCUUAGAGAACAAAAUCACACUCUGACUGCACAGAAGGAGGUGCUGGAGAGGACGUGCUCAGAACAGAACCAGCAAAUGCAGCAGCUACACCAGCAACAAUCACACUCGCCCCGAGAGGGAAGGCACUCCAUAGGCAAGAGCUUUGAAUUGUUGAGUUUGAGGCAGCAGGCACAGGAGCUGGUGGAUGAGAAUGAUGGAUUGAAGAUGACAGUGCAUCGGCUAAACGUGGAGCUGAGCCGAUAUCAAGCCCGUUAUAGACCACUCACCAGAGAUGAGUGUCCUCACAACAGUGGCCUACCAGGGAAAGGACCUGCUCCUCCAUGGCUACUGGAUAUAAAAUAUUUAUCUCCACUCUUAUUGGCUUAUGAGGACCAACUGACCGAGAGAGACCAGCUCCUCAAGUCCUCUGAGGAGGAUUUAAAGAAGUUAAGAAUGCGAACAGAAGAGGUGAUUCAGGAGAAUGAGAAGCUUCACACAGAGCUCAGCAAGACGAGCAGUGUCAGUAAUAAAGAGUGGAAGCAGUUGCAGGAUCAGGCAAGGUUAGUGUUGGAGGAGAAUCAGGUGCUCAUAGAACAGCUGGAACUGCAGCAUGAUAAAGCCAAGGAGACACACACCAAACACACACAAGAAGUGUGUAGGGUGUCAAAACAAGUCAUGUUGUUGGAGGCUGAGAAGCAGAACCUGGAGACUGAGUUAGAGGUAACACAUAAAGAGCUCUCUGUGCUGAAGAUGAAGCUUCAGAAAGCUAGUUCAGCCCUGGAGAACUCGGUCAGCCGUGUUGAGCACACCACCACCAUAGACAAACUCAAAUGGAAGUUGGAAGAAGAGGAGAAGAUGAAGUGUACCGAAGUGGAGGCACUGCGAGAUCAUGUGGCCACCCUGCAGGCUGAGAAAAAGACUCUUCUUUUAGAGAAAAAUGACCUCAAUGCACACAUCAAACACCUGGAGAGUGAGCUCCAGCUGGCACGCCAGGCACACAGAAAGGCUCAGAGGCGUAUCGAUCUUCUGAAGCAGCAGAUUGAAGAUUCAUUAGAGAAGGAGCUCGUAGCCCACAAGUACCUCACCAGCAUUGUGAUGCUUGCAGAGAAAACCACGUACGAGAGAGACCAACUCAUACACAUGGCUUCAUGUUUGGAGAAAGACAAGCAGGGCACCCUUACCCGCAUCCUGGAGGGCACCGUCCGCCUCGGAAAACUUCAGGAAAAGGUCAAGGUGUUCAAGCAGCAGGCGUCAGCCAGCGUGUGUGCGCUGGGCCAGCGUUUGCAUGAACAGGAGAAGGACUUUGCAGGCAAAGCGGCAAGUUUCCAGCGGGAGAUCCAACACCUGCAGGCUCAGCUCCGCGACCGACAAGAACAACUCAGUGGAGCUCUGCAGCAAAAGAGAGAGGUGGAGAAUGAACUGGAGGUGGUAUGGGAAGCUGCUGCAAGAGAAAACCAGCAUUUGCAGGACAGUUUGAUGGGCAAGGUCGAUGUCUUGUUGAGUCCUCAUGACUCACACCUGUCUCUGGGCUGGAAGCCACAGGAAAAUCUCAACCAAGCAUGCCAUCUGAGCAGCCCAGUGUCUCCUACUUUUAUCAUGAUGCCAAAACAGAGCAGUGCCAUGUUCAAUCCUGACUCUCAACAGCAUCCCAAUCUGUCAUGUGAUGAAAGCGAGAGGAAUGGAUUAGACUUCUAUUCCUGAUUUGACACUGAAAGUGAUGUCCCUAAUAAAGAAUAGGAUAAUUAAAAAAAUAAAUCGAGUAAGCACUACACAAGACCUAAGCAUGAUUAGACAUGCUACAGUGGAUAUAAAAAGUCUAAACACCCCUGUUAAAAUGGCAAGUUUUUGUGAUGGAAAAAAAUUAAACCAAGAUAAACCAUGUCAGAACGGUUUCCAACCUCAGUGUGAAGUUACAACGUAUAAAAAUUAAGUGAAAAACAAUCAGAAACAUGUGAAGGAAAAAUAGGAGAAAGAAGAUGUUACAAUAACAUGAUUGCAUAAGUGUGCGCACACUUUUAUAAUUGGGGAUGAGACUGUGUUCAGAAUGAAUCGAUCACAUUCAAUCUCAUGUUCAAAAGUAAUGAUCAUACAGCUGUCAUCAAUUAAAUGAUUCUGAUUAAACCCAAAUAAAGACCAGCUGUUUCUGUAGGAUUUUCUUCAUAUCUUCUUGGUUUCAUCUGACUGCUGAAGCCAUGGUCUGCAAGGAGCUGACAAAGCCUCUGCAAAGUCUUAUUGUAGCAAGGAAUCGCUCUGGAGUGGGGAGCAAAAACAUUUCCAAAACAUUAUAUAUACCAUGGAAUACCGUGAAGGCCAUUGUCAACAAGUGUAGAAAAUGGAGCACGAAAGUGACAUUAAACAAGAACAAGACGUUGUUCUAAAAUUUACAACAACAAAAAAAGACAAAAACUCACCAGGGAGGCUACCAAGAGACCUACGGCAAAAUUAAAGGAGCUUCGGGAAUAUCAGACAAGCACUGAUUACUCUCUGCAUGUGACAACAAUCUCUCUUGUUCUUCACAUGUCUGGGCUAUGGGGUAGGGCGGCUAGAUGGGAGUCCUUUGUCACAAAAAACAUCCAAGCUCAACUAAAUCAACCCAAACCAUGUGGCAAAAUGUGUUAUAGUCCGAUGAGACCAAUUCCAAAAGGUACAAUAAUUAAAUCAUUCCAAAAGGUAUGUUGGGUGCAAAAGAAUACAUCAACAAAAGAACACCAUACCCACGGUGAAGCAUGAUGGUGGCAGCAUCAUGCUUUAGGGCUGCUUUUCUUCAGCCAGGACUGCAGAUUUUUUCAAGUUGGAGGGUAUCAUGAAUAGCUACAAAUAUCAGCCGAUUUUAGUGCAAAACUUUCAGGUAUCUGCUAGUAAGCUGAAGAUGAAAAGGAAGUUCACCUUUCAGUAUGAACGUUGCCCAAAGCAUAGAUUCAAAUCAACAAAGGAAUGGCUUAAACAAAAUAUGAUCAAUGUUUUUGAAUUACCUAGCCAGAACUGAAUCCAACAAAAAAAAAAAUCUGUGGGGUGACCUCAAGCAUGCUGUGUGCACACGAGAUGCCCUCACAAUUUGACAGAUCUAGAAUGUUUUUGCAAGAAAGAGUGGCAAAAUAUUGCAAAAUGUCCCACGUUGAUAGACUUCUACCCAAAUAGACUGAGUGGUUUAGUAAAAUCAAAAGAUGCUUCAAAAUGUAUUAUGUAAAAUACAACAUGUAUUUUCUAAUUUUUUUUCCCCCCAUAAAAGUUUCUGAUAGUUUUUUUCCUUUUAUUUGUAUAUAUUGCUAUUGCACAUAAAAGAUUAGAAAAGAUCUGACAUGAUUUAUCUUGGUGUCAUUCUUUAACUUCACAAAAACCUGCCAUUUUAUCAGGGGUGUGUAGACUUUUUAUAAGUGUCUAAUAAUGGAUUGUCUUUCAUCCUGGUUUACUCUAUAAAGUUACCAUUGUAAGUUAAAAAUAAAUUUUCUGCCAUA